AUGAGCUGCUGUGUCGUCGCAAACCCUUCAGAGUUGCAGGCCCAGCUCAAUGAAGCUCAGCGUGCGCUCGCAGACUCGCGCAGAGCUCUUUCUGCUACGAAGAAGGCUCUCGCAGAUGCAGAGAGGUCACUCCGGGACCAGGCUGAGGCCUAUGGUUGUCUCCGACGCUGCUUCGAUGGUGCAAAUGCACCGGUAGUUGCUGUGGACCGUUACGGCCUGAUCACUCGGUGGAACAGGAAAGCUGAGGAAGUCUUUGGCUGCCCCUGCGAGUCUGCUCUCAGGAGACCCUUCUCCGAGUUUCUCGAGACAGGAGACCAGCCGGGCUUGGCCGACCUUCAGGCAGCCAUCACCUCCAAAGCGGUUCUGUCUCCCAAUGGGGUGGCCCACUUACAGCGACGCUUCUGCGUGCACUCCCGAGCGGCUGGGCAGCCGUGGCAUGAGGUUCUUUUUCUGGCAUCCAGCUGUCCAAGUGCCAGCAGCAAGGACUCGUCCGGCGUGCUGUACAUCGGUCAGGAAGUCACGGGCUUGCUCAAGAGCUCGCACUCUUCUGAAGUGACCCUGCAAGAUCGUCUCAUCCGAGAGGUGAAUGCCCCUUUGAUUGCGGUAGACAAAUCUGGAUGUGUGGAGGAGUGGAACCGUGGGACCGAGCUUCUGAUGGGCUUUACAAAAGAGGAAGCUGUCGGAAAGAAGCUGGUGCAAAAUUUCAUUGCUGACGAGUUCUCUGACUCUGUACAGACCAUGCUCUCCCAGGGCAUGAAUGGUCAGGAGAUCACAAACUAUGAGUUUUCCCUCUGGACGAAGAGUGGGCAGCGAAAGGAUAUUUUGUGGAGCGCUACUGCCCGCCGCGAUCGCCAUGGAAACAUCGUGGGCGUGAUCGGCAUCGGUCAUGACAUUACCGAGCUACGCUCCGAGUCGAAGAUGCUGGCAAACUACGUCCGCAUAUGUGGCGCGGCGGUCUGGUCCCUGAAGGGGAAUGCAAAGACGGGAGUGAUCACCGACAGCAAAACGCGAGAGAUCGAGCAUCUGAUCUCGCAGCAGGCACAAAUGGACAUCUGCGAUCCACGGAUGGUGCUCUGGCGCGCCUCCUUCGUCUCCAUCCUCAAGACCAUGUGCCGGGAAGCCCAGACUCGGCAAAUGGUAUGCGCAGCAGAACUUACUUAG